AUGUCCGCUCCGAAGAGACGACUGACUUUUAUGAAUGCGCACCUCCUUUUUACCCUCCUAGUGGCUGUUGUUGCGGCUGAUGCUGACUAUGCGUCUACUCCGCCUUGGUACAGCCGGCUUAUCAAGAAACUCAACACAACGCUUGUUCAGAAUGCCUACUAUGCCAAGUGUCUGGUGGACAGUCCCGUCAGUACCAUAGAUUGCAAAGGUGUCGCCUACGGCGCGGGGCUGAGAGCUGAGGCGGCGAAAGACAGCGCUCGAUACUACGCCUCCGCCACGGGUGACUACCGAUGCGGACAUUUUGUUGGACAGUGCGUAAUUCGGCAGUAUAGUAAAUGA